GAGGAUCGAGGAGGAUCGAGGAGGAUCCCUCCUGGACCCUCCUGGAUCUGAUCCUCGAUCCUCCUCGCCGCCCGCCGCACCUUUUAGGCCCUCCUCAGCAGCAGCCUCGCUCAAGGCGCCCCCCAUUCGCGCGAGCCCCAGCUGCCGCCCGCCACCCUGCCCCUCGGCGAUGUCGGCCUCUGUGUACCAGGCCCCUGGCAUGACGUACACCAUGCCAGCGGUGACCAACCGCACGGGGGGCGCCUCCUGGCAUGGUGAUGGAGCCCGUGGCGGUGACGAUGCAGCAGCCCUCCACGGAGCCGGUGCAGACGUACGGUGCACCCGGAGCCGGAGCUGGAGCUGGUUACGAGGCGCCACAGGUCAUCGAGACGACCGUCACCGUGGGGGAGGCGGUGUACGUGCAGCCGGCGCCGCCCGGCUCGAUGGCACGCGCGGCGGAGCCGACCUACGCGGCUGCCGCCAGCGGUAACGGCGGUGUGUACGGGGUGGAGCCGACCUACGCGGGUGCCGCUGGCGGUGCUGGCGGGGGUGCCGCUGGCGGUGCCUCUGGGGCCUUCGGCGGUGCCUCUGGGGCCUUCGGCGGUGCCUCUGGGGCCCUCGGCGGUGCCAGUGGCACCUUCGGCGGGGCCAGUGGGGCCUUCAGCGGUGCCGGCGGUGCCCCUGGGCCCGUGGUCGUGGAGCAGCUGCCCCCGGUGAUCGCGGCUCCCCAGUACGUGACCCCGCAGCCCGCCAUGACGUACGCGGCGCCGCGUGGUGGUAUGGGCGGUGGUAUGGAGGCCUCGGCGGGCAUGCAGGCCCCCGCGGGCAUGCAGUACGUGACGGAGCCGGUGGCAACCGGCGCGCCGCCGCCCGUCGAGCCCGUGCAGACGUACGAGGCCCCCGCGCCCGUCGUCACCCAGGGGCCCGUCACGGUGGCGCCCCCGGUGUACGUCGAGAGGGCCGCCGCGCCCCCGCCAGUGGAGCCGGUGCAGGGCGUGUACGCGGCGGGCAGCAUGACGGGGCCCUCGUACGCGGCCGGCAGCAUGACGAUGCCUUCGGUCGGCAGCCCGAUGGCGGCAGCCUCCUCGAUGCUCGGCGGCCAGGCCUCGUUCGGCGGCCAGGCGACGGCGGGGAACGUGUACGCGGCGCCCCCGGGCGUGUACGCGGCGGGCAGCAUGACGGGGCCCUCGUACGCGGCCGGCAGCAUGACGAUGCCUUCGGUCGGCAGCCCGAUGGCGGCAGCCUCCUCGAUGCUCGGCGGCCAGGCCUCGUUCGGCGGCCAGGCGACGGCGGGGAACGUGUACGCGGCGCCCCCGGUCCAGACCACCUAUGCGGGCGCAUCCCAGUCCGUCGAUGCGCGGGAAGUCAUCAAGGAGGUGCCGGUCGUUCAGGUCCAGACCGUGGAGAGGAUCCAGGAGGUGCCCCAGGUCCAGAUCCAGGAGGUCAUCCGGGAGGUGCCCACUGUACAGGUCGAGGAGGUGAUCAAGCAGGUGAUCGUCCCGCAGUACCAGGAGGUCAUCAAGCACGUCCCGGUGCCCCAGAUCCAGACUGUCGAGAAGAUCGUGGAGAUCCCGCAGAUGCGGGUCAACACGCGGCACGUGCAGGUGCCGCAGAUUCAGACCGUGGAGGUCAUCAAGCAGGUCAUCAAGGAGGAAGUGCGUGAGGUCAUCAGGGAGGUUCCGAAGAUCCAGGUGCAGACGGUCGAGAAGAUCGUGGAGGUCCCGCAGGUCCAGUACCAGGAGAGGAUCGUCGAGGUUGUGGAGCACCAGGUGGACGAGGUGAUCAACCAGGUCCCCGUGCCCGUCGUGCAGGAGGUCGUGCGCCACGUCCCCAAGAUCCAGGUGCAGACCGUGGAGAAGAUCGUCAGCGUGCCGCAGGUGCAGGUCCAGGAGAGGGUGGUCGAGAUCCCGCAAGUCCAGUGCGUUUACCUUCCUGCAGAGGAGCCCGCGAUCGACAUGAUGGCGCCGACGGACACGGCGUUCUCGAACUCGGUAAUGGUCGGUGCCACCAUGCGCGACCUCCCGGGCGGCAGCCCGCAGGUGGUGCAGACCGAGCAGGGGCCGAUGCUGAUGGAGCCGGUGGCCACUGGGGUGCCAGGCGCCCCCGUGACCAUGACAAUGCCCAGCAUGUCCACAGCUGGUGUGGCCCGUGGGAUGAAUCUCUGGAACGAGGACUGCACGUUCCGCCUGUGCGACGACUCUGACAUUCAGCAGUACAAGGGUAGAACAACUGUGUUUGAGAAGACGGAGUACCAGUCUGUGACGCAGGCCGUGGCCUUCCUCAACGGGCUCCCGGGCGGUGGCCAGGACAGCUGGGUUGUCGUUUUCUCUCAGAGCCACGGGUGCUGGUACGUGCUGUACAAGGUCGGCUCCAAGGAGACCGCCCUGCAGCACUUCGGCCUGUAGGCAGCGGCCGCCGGGCCGCCGGGCCGCCGCCCGCUUGGCGUGGCGCGCGCCCGCGCGCGCAGCAGCUGCGCUCGAGCGGCUGGCGCGCUCCGUCGCGGGGCGGGCGCGCGGCCGCGGCUGGCCACAGCGCUGGGGCUCUCUGGCCGCCGUGGCCCUCCUCCCAGGAGGAGGAGCAGGUGCCGAUGCCCCUACACGCCGGGAGUAGCGGCAUCGGCAUCUUUUUGGUAUCCCCCUCGCGAACCGCGAGGCCCCGUUUUGGUGCACGUCCUCCCCGUAGGGCGAUGCCGGUCACGACUGUGUGGCCCUCAGGCUGCCGCGGCCUCCUCGCGAGCUGAGGCGAGCCUUGUAGGUGCACGCCUGGGGGCCUCCGGGACGACCGCCCGGGCCGCGCUGGCCGGAUUUCAGGCAAGGGCCCCUCUCGCCGGCGGGGCGGGCGGGCGGCGGAGGAGCACCAGGAGACCCCAGCUCUCCGCUGGCGGGAACUCCCGCCGAUGCGUUCGCGAUUUCAAAUUCGCGCCCUGUGGGCCGCCCGCGCGCGCGAGUGCUCGGGUGGCUGCGGGGCGGCGGGUCCACUUUCGUCUUCCACAUUGCCUUCGGAAAUUGCUGUCACGCCUCCUCUUCGCUUAAUGCCGCUCCGAUAGCCUCUCCGACCAUCGGCACGCGCGAAGGCACCUGAUUGGUUCGCAGAUGGUGAGC